AUGAGCCAUUAUAUCGUAAAAAUAACCGACGGACUUUUCAAAGCAUCCAUGCAGAAAGGUGCACCAUUUGUGUUUCCCACGGCCAUCUCGAACUUCCAAAUUCUGGCGAACGAAAAAUGGGUUCUUCUUGGGCCACGUAAGGAGAGUUUCAUGGAUAUAUUGACCAACAAAUUCAUAUCAGUCCCUAGUUCAGCUCUCAGUUACAAUAAGGCUUUGGUGCAUCAGCCACCGAAGAUUGAACAGGUCAAAUUUAAGGGUGUAAUUCCUACGGCACAUUUGAGUGCAAGAUAUGAAUUCUUUAAAGAUGAAUUCGACCAAACUUGUAUGAAGUUUGUACAAGACAAUGUGGUAGGCUCUAAUAAUGUCGGUUACGAAGUUUCAACAACACAUAGACAGAUCAAUUCUUCACUUUAUAAUUACUUAAUGGAAAAGCUAGAUCUGCAGCACUUGCAGGAUCGAUGGACCAUGGGUCUUAGUAAUGGUCAGAUGAGACGUGCUCGAUUGGCUCGCAGUUUGUUGAAACAACCAGACAUAAUACUGGUCGAUGAUCCGUUCCUGGGGCUAGAUCCGGUUAACGCAGAGAUUGUUUCCAAAUUCUUGGCCGAGUACAACAGAUCGGUUAUUGUGAUUGGCUUACGCUAUCAGGAUCCAAUCCCCUCCUGGUGUACACAUCUGUGUUUUGUUGAUCACGAUGGAAUUUCCUUCCAAGGCCCAGCAGCGGAAUGUCAUAAUGAUAUUGGACGACUGAGGAUGGAGUAUAUCCGGGCCCAAGAGUUGCAUGAAUCAAGUGAUGUACCGAUACCAAAUGUUCAAGAUUUGGUUUCUCCACACCCAUUAUAUAGGAAAUCACUUGAAGACCUUAAGCAAGCGCCUCCAACCAUAGAACUGAGAGGCCUAACUGUUAGCUACAAAGGCGUUAACGUAUUAGAAAAUAUUACUUGGCAGGUACCCGUAGGAUCAACAUGGCACAUCCGAGGGGCUAAUGGCUCCGGAAAAUCUACCUUACUCUCUGUACUCACAGCAGACCAUCCACAGUCUUGGAAUUCUAAACUAAUUGAAAACGGAGUCCCCAGAAGAACCGGCGCAACCAGUUAUUUCGACAUUAACAUGCGCAUUGGGAUGUCAUCACCAGAAUUACACGCCAUAUUUUUAAAGAUCGCAGGCGAUCGUCUGACAGUUCGAGAAACCAUCGCAUCAGGCCUCCACCAGGACUCCUCGAACAACUUCAAACCUCUUUGGAAAAAACUUGAACACUCAACAAAACAAUUAAUAUCCCUCUAUCUAAACUACUUCCGACUAGAUCAUGAAACCAUGUUCAAAGACCUCUCUGUCUCGGAUCAAAAACUUACUCUCUUCAUCCGCGCUCUUGUCAAAAUGCCUCAAUUGCUGAUCCUAGACGAGGCAUUUUCUGCCAUGGACUCAACCAACAUACAACGCUGCAAAAACUUACUUCAUCACUGGCCUGGCACAUGUCUCAUAGUAUCCCACCUGCCCACUGAGACUCCACCGUGCGAUUACUACUUACACCUACACUCCCCCUCAACACACACACAAGGCUCCAUAACUACCACUUAA